CUCAACACCAUCUUAUAUAUAUUAGAAAACAGAGGAGUAUUUUAGCAUUCCCUUUUACCGCUGGCCUCUCACCAUGCAUUCAUUGGCUUGCCGAGAGCUCAAUAAAGCUAUAAGAGCACUAGCAGAGUAACAGAGGAAGCACUUGCCAGCCACGCUCCUCUUGGAUCUCCACUCCUCACGAUGGGUUCUCAUCAUCGCCCCACCGCAGGGCAAUGCAGCCUCGUGCAGCCACCGCGCCUCAUCACCUGCCUUCUCCUACUGCUUCUUCUUCUGCUUCUGUCGUCGCCACUGACGCUCCCGUGCUCGGCGUCGUCGGCGGUGAUCACUCACCUCCCGGGCUUCCAUGGCCGCCUGCCAUUCUACCUCGAGACUGGGUACAUUGGUGUUGAGGAGAAGACUGGCACUGAGCUCUUCUACUACUUCGUUGAAUCAGAGAGAAACCCUGACACAGACCCUUUGGUACUGUGGCUAGUGGGUGGGCCCCGUUGUUCGGGCUUCUGUGGCGUUGUCUACGAAGAAGGUCCUUUGAAUUUUUUAUUGGAAACUUACAAUGGUAGUUCGCCAAGAUUGGUUUAUAAUCAGUACUCAUGGACACAGAUGGCAAGCAUAAUUUUCUUGGAUAGUCCUGUCGGUUCUGGUUUCUCAUAUGCGCGUGAUCCCAACGGUUAUGAUGUUGGGGAUAUAUCAUCUUCUUUACAAGUGGUUACAUUUAUGAAGGAGUGGCUCAAUGAUCACCCACGCUAUUGCUCACAUAAUUUCUAUGUUGGGGGAACCUCAUAUGCUGGAAAGGUGGUUCCAGUUAUCACGCAAUACAUUUCAGAAGCAAUUGAUGAACAAAGGCAACGACCAUGGAUCGACCUUAAGUUACAGGGAUAUAUAGUUGGCAACCCCAUUACAGGUUCAAAAUUUGAUAAAAAUUUCCAUGUUCCCUAUUCUCAUGGCGUUGGAAUCAUAUCUGAUCAAUUGUACGAGGCAGCGGUAACACAUUGCAAAGGACAUUUUGUGAACCCAACAAACCAAUUGUGUGCUAAUGUCUUGUCUACUAUUCAUAAACUCAUGUCUGAAGUUUCGGAUGGAAAUAUCUUAGAGGAUAAAUGUGUUAAAGCUGCACCAAAACCCACAAUAGAUGUUUCAGCAAGCAGGGCACUGCUGGAAGAAUACAAUCAGCUACACAAGCCACCUAUUCGACCUUCUAUUGAUUGCUUAUCAUAUCGUUACUACCUAUCAUACUGCUGGAUGAAUGACAAUACGACCAGAGAUGCUCUUAAGAUCAAGAAGGGAACCAUCGAUGAAUGGUUGAGAUGCAAUAAAGGUGUACUUCCCUAUGCUCAAGACAUCCCAAGCAGCUUGAAUUACCAUUUUAAUUUGACCACAAGAGGUUACCGAGCACUUGUGAUGAGCGGUGACCAUGAUCUCAUACUGCCAUUUUUGAGCACUCAGGCAUGGAUAGGAUCCUUUAACUUCUUCAUAGCUAAUGAUUGGAGAGCAUGGCAUGUGGAUGGCCAGGCUGCAGGAUUUACAAUUGAGUAUGCCAACAACUUGACCUUUGCCACAGUAAAGGUGAUUUUAUCCUUUAAUGUUCAUUCGCUUGACCUUUUCUAGUUGUGGAUCCGAUAUGUG